CCUCAGCCGCUUUCUGUCCCGUCCCGCUCCUGCCCUGGGUUGCAGGAUGCUGUUGUCUCCUGAUGUGAUGGCAUGCUCACGGACCUGCUCUCGCAUCUUGGGGCUGAGCCUUGGGACUACUGCCCUGUGUGCUGCUGGAACCAACAUGGUGCUUCUCUUGCCUAACUGGGAUGUGACCUACCUGUUGAGGGGCCUCAUUGGCAAGCAUGCCAUGCUGGGCUCUGGGCUCUGGGGAGGAGGCCUCAUGGUACUCACUGCAGCUACCCUCAUCUCCUUGAUGGGCUGGAGAUAUGGCUGCUUCAGUAAGAGUUGGCCCUGCCGAAGUAUACUCACUGCUCUGCUGUCCAGUGGCCUGGCUUCUCUUGGAGCCUUGAUUUGCUUUAUCACUUCCGGCGUAGCCCUGAAAGAUGGUCCAUUUUGCAUGUUUGAUGGCUCAUCCUUCAAUCAGACACAAGCUUGGAAAUACGGUUACCCAUUCCAAGACUUGCAUAACAGGAAUUAUUUGUAUGAUCAUUCACUCUGGAACUCUGUCUGCCUGGAGCCUUCUAAAGCAGUCAUUUGGCACGUGUCCUUCUUCUCCACCCUUCUGUGCAUCAGCCUCCUCCAGAUUCUCCUGGUGGUCAUUCAUUUGAUCAACAGCUUCCUGGGCCUUUUCUACAGCCUCUGUGAGAAGUGAUAGGUAAUGCCCUCUCCUGUGUGAGAGUUUUACUCAGAAGCUGCCUUGAAUCCUUUCUGCAGUAUGGAUUAUAA